GAAGUGAACGUAUUCCGUGAGUGUGAGUGUUCCAGAAAAUUGCGGAAAAUCAUGCCGAAACAAUGGGAGUCUUGGAUUCUGUCACCGUAAUCUCCGUAGAACGCGAAAUUAUAAUUAAAUCGACCGUUGAAUUAAAGUUUUCUAAAUCGGAAAAGUGUCAACGAGAAAUUGUUUUUUAAAUAAGUCAACGUAGAAGAAAUUCGAGGACUAGUUUUCUUGAGGCUCUUACAAUUGAGGAAACUGGCGCAUAGACUAAAUGCUUAAAAUGAUAAAGCAAACUACUUCCUGAAAGAGACUCACAGAUUGGCUAAUAGGAAACUGAAUUUUCAAUAGCAAAGUGGAAAUUUGUUUUUCUCGGAAAAAAUGGAGGUAACAAUGCGAGAGUGGCUGAUGAAUUUUGCGGACGUGAUAAUGAGGGUGCCGCCCCUCUUUAUCAUUGAUGAGCUUUUGCGGAUCAGUCUCGGAUUUUCUGGAAAAAAUGACAACUUUGACGAAACCUGUGAGAAUUGUACCAUGAUUGCCGUCUCGGAUUCUCUCGUCGGCUCAAUUGCUUCAGCAUCGUCGGAGCCAUUUUUGCAGCACUUGAGCUUCGAUUCGUACCAGAUUUAUCUCAUGACAGCCUUCAAAGUCAUUACCUGCUGCUUAGGUUGUAUCGCCUCACUCUGUAUGUUUGUGCUCUCAACUAGGCAUCUCCUAAUCGUAUAUUUGUACCUGAUAUCCGUGGGAGUAAUAUUCAUAUCAUAUUGGUCGAACGUCAGUACAAUAAAGGCAAUCAGCGCCUAUUUAAUUUCCCGAGAGGGCGAGACUAGCAUCCUAGAUGACAUCCUCUGUCUAAAUCUAAAAGAACUGAUGCAGUACGGAACGGGUCUCAUCGUCAUCCAGAACUACAUUCUCCAAUGUGUCCUAGCAAGCAUUUUUUGCUAUAUUCAUCUUGCUCCGAGGAAUCCCUUCGUCCAGAAGCUUCUGGCUUUCAGUUUUAUGGCGCCUUCAAUCUUAGGAAUUCAUCCCAUUCCGACGUUCGUCCUCUAUCACGCGCCCGUCUUCGCGACACUCCUUCCCCUCGGAGUCUCAAAAUUUGUGAUCUGGUACUACGGAAUAUCAAUGCUGAAGACAAUCUACCGCGGCUACCAGCACGUUCGAAACUUUAUCAGCAAUUUCGGCCUGUCCGCGCUCGUCGAGACCGAGUGGAGUCGGCUCAACGUGCCCUGUGUUCUCAGAACCUUCUGGCUCCUGCGCGUCUUCGAGCAAAUCAUCCAGAUUUUGGGAAACCACUAUCGCGAGGACAGCUUUACCUACUACCUGAUGAUCCGCACCCUCCUCGUGAACGGCUGCGAGACCCUGACGGCACUCCUCGGCAUGACGAGCAUCAUCUCCCUCAUCUGCCACUACAUCGGCUCCUUCUUCCGCUGGGUGCUCCUCACCGCCGAUGAGGAUGACAAAAACAUGGGCACAGUCUCGGCCAUCCUCUUCUACAUCCUCGCACUCCAAACGGGCCUGACUUCCCUCGACCGAGAGAAACGGAUCGUGCGACUCUACAGAAACUUCUGCCUCCUCUUCACCGCGAUUCUCCACUUUGUCCACAACACCGUCAAUCCCCUCCUGAUGUCUCUCAGUGCUUCCCACAAUCCUGCUCUUCACCGACACCUGCGGGCCCUAGCUGUCUGCACUUUUCUCAUCUUCUUCCCAACGACACUUCUGAUCUUCCUCUGGUCGCACUUUACAAUCAGCACCUGGAUGCUCGCGGUUUCCGUGUUCAGUGUCGAGGUCAUCGUCAAGGUGAUUGUCUCUCUUGCGAUCUACUUUCUCUUUCUCUUUGAGGCCUAUCGCAGCACCUUUUGGGAGCAGCUCGACGAUUAUGUGUACGUGAUCAGAUCGUUUGGCAAUACGGUCGAGUUUGCCUUUGGAGUGAUUCUCUUCUUCAACGGCCUCUGGAUUCUGAUCUUUGAGUCGGGUGGCGCAAUCCGUGCAAUCAUGAUGUGCAUUCACGCCUAUUUCAAUAUUUAUUGCGAGGCGACGGCUGGCUGGAGUAUUUUCAUGAAGAGGAGGGCUGCUGUCAACAAAAUUAAUUCCCUGCCGGAGGCUGAUGCCGAGCAGUUGCGAAGACUGGAUGAUGUUUGCGCGAUCUGCUAUCAGGAGAUGCAGAGCGCAAAAAUUACCAAGUGCAGCCACUUUUUCCAUGGGGUUUGUCUGAGAAAGUGGCUCUAUGUGCAGGACAGGUGUCCGCUUUGUCAUGAUAUUUUGUACAAGGUGGAGAAGACGACGAAUAAUGCGAGCAAUGAGGAAGUUCCGGUGGCGAUUGCGCGGCCAGAAGUUCAGCAGACGCCGGUCAAUUUGAAUUUGCCGAAUCGUGCUCAGGAGAGCGGACACUUGAUAAUUGAGAAUAGGUGAAGGCGAGCGACAAUUUUUGCUAUAUUGUGAUAUAAAUUAUAACAAUAAACUGUUGGAAACGUUGAGUGAGUUGGGAUUCAAGAGAUACGAGUUGGGUGCAUAAAUUCGAGAAAUAAUCGAACUUGUGUUUCCUCCAAUUCAAGAAAUUUAAGUAGAGACUCUUUUUUUUAGUGAGCUGUCCGCUUUUAUUUUUUAUUUUUAUUAUUUUUCAUUAAUUCCUUCUGUUAUUGAGUUUCUAGGUGAUUAUUUAUUCGAGAUUCUCGAAGGAGGAUACUAGCUGGACUAAUUUCUUAUUUAUUUGCAAUCGAUAUUUUUUUGUUUGCUCGUAACGCACCGAUCGAGGAAAGGUGGUAAUUGUAACUGUUAAGGCGACGAAAAAUAUUGGGGGGUUUUUGUGGAUGGGGUUUCAUUAAUCGCGAGUGGAGAUUUUUUGCUAGAAACUCUUUUUUCGAUGAGAUUUUUUUUUAGGGUGUCUUUUAACCUGGAAAACCUGAAAUUUUCAUGGAAUUUUUUUCGACAGCGUGCCUAAAUUGGGUUUAAAUUUUAAUAUAACAUUAAAUAAUAAUAUUUUUCGUUUGUGAAAGUAGCUUUGUAUUCCUGGAAUGAACUAUUUUUAUUUAAAAUAACUUAUAUAGAAAUUCUUUUUUCG